AUGGUGAUGAUUACCAGCCGCGAGUCCUCUAUUGUUGCUUCAGAUGGUGAAGAGCGGUAUGCCAAGAAGCACAAAAAGGAAGACCUGAAUGAUCCAUCGUCAAAUAUCAUUUCGCUUGAUUCAGAGGACGAAAAUGGCCAGAUCGGGAUCACACAUACAGAGGUAGCAGAAGUGAGUCACAGGCCACGCAAAGUAUCAGAAAUUGCCCGUCUUUUUCGCAAACCACAAACAAUCUCCAGGAGUAGCAGUCUGAUCGAUAAUUCAGUCACAUGGGUUGAAAAGUACUGUCCUAGUGAAUCUUCGCAAUUGUGCAUACACGAGAGAAAAAUCUCAGAGUUACGCACCCAGAUACAGGACAUGGUUAAUAGCCGAACCGAAUCCAGGAUCUUGGUGCUUUCUGGUCCAAGUGGGUGUGGAAAAAGCGUUUCUGCCAAGAUCCUGUGCGAAGAGGUUAUGAACAGCAGGAGAAGAACACACAGCAAAAUGGUGAUUGAAGGCUAUGAUCAUGAAAACCGUCUGGAUAAUGUGGUGCAGUAUAGAAAUUGGAUGACACAAACAUCUAGUGAAAUGUCAAGCGUAACUAGUUUUGGAGAAUUCCUGGAGAGUUGCAAGGUUUUAACGAUGGAUAAUCUCAAAUGUGUGGUUGUAGAAGAGUUACCGAACCUCCAUCAUGACGAUACGCUGAAAGCAUUCCGGAAAAGUAUUUUGGAAUGGCUAGAUCUCGAUGCAAAAAUAAAAUUACCACCGCUGAUACUUUGUAUCACCGAAUAUGAGGUUGACCUUGAGAAUGGAACAGGCUCCUUUUCCCUUGAGUCAAAUUUCAAAACCGAAUUUGUUCUUGGGAGCAAGAUUAUCGGUAAAGAAGGCAAACAAUGGACGAGGAUUAAAUUCAAUCCUGUGGCUAAACGGUACCUGAAACGGUGUUUGAAACGCAUAGCGAUCGCUGAGGAUACCCUGAUAUCUUCCAUCAAGCAAAUUCCCAGGCAGAUGGUGGAACAAAAGAUAGAUAAGCUGUGUGGCACUGGUGAUCUUCGAAACGCGAUAAUAUUGUUUGAGUACUGGUGCAAGUACUGCUCAUCGUUGACUGAUGAAUUUUUGGGUCGUGAGUCUGCCUUAAACGUAUUUCAUUCGAUUGGGAAAAUCAUUUACGGAACGAAGCAUCCGGAAGAUGAGUAUGAGACCUAUAUUAAACGUGCUCACGAGUUUCGUUUUCUAGAGAGCUUGCAGUCAGAUCUAAAACCCCAGACCGACUACCUGACCGUGAUGAACGUAGUCACGGAAAUUUCACAAACCUCUUCGAUGUUUCAUCUUAACUUACUUGAGAAUUACUUGUCGAUUGCCUCUCGUUUGAACGAGUCGAUAGCGAGAAUCAGUGAUACGCUGUCGAUUUCCGAUGAUCUGCGGUGCAAGUCAUACUUGAGCUACUCUUUCAGUGGAGGUUCCCUUAUGAACGAAAUUGCCACCACCAUAGCAUGCCUAGGGACACGAAUGGAAUGCAAAAGUAUAAAGGCAGACUCCAACAAGUCUGGUGCUUUUCUUAGCAUGCGAUAUUCGAGGGAUAGUAAAUAUAAGAAGAAGCUUCGUCGAAUUCUGCAAGAGACGGCCGACUUCGCUGCCAGGAGAGCGGCCAGACUCAUACCACAGGGCAGGUACACUUAUCUGAGCGCUUUCGAACUAGUUUCCUGUGACGGGUUUUACGAGUGCUCGAUUUUGAACUCGAAAAAGCUGCUAAAGAAAAGCGAACAGUCAGGCAUCCGACGUGGGAUGAACAUGAGGAGACUGGGAGGAGACUUUACCAACUUAAUGAUGGCAGACACAGAAUUCAAGGUAGACGACGACGAAGAGGUCGACAUGCCAGUGGCAAGUAAAAUAAAGUCGCAGCUGGAGGAGCUGUACUUUGGGACCGAAGCCCCUGCCCUGGCCGAUGAUUCAGACACAGAGUUUGACACUGAUCCGAUUGUGAAUACCGAUCAGGAAAACAUGUCUGCAGACGAAUUUAGUGACGACUCGCUGGUUUUACAAUUAUAAGUCAAAAAAUAUUAUUAGUUGCAUUAAGCUACCAUGCAAAAUUAGCUGGCGUUGUUUGCCUCUUCCAAAGCGUGCUCGAAAAAAUGCUCGUCUUCGCUCAAGUUGUCUUUCACAAUAUCGAGUCCACCUUGAAAGACACCGCCAAUGUAAAGCUGUGGGAACGUAGGCCAGUCGCUGAAUUUUUUCAGUCCCUGUCUGACGGCGUCGUCUUUAAGAAUAUCAAAAAAUCCGAAUCUCACCUGGUGCUCUCUCAGAAUUGCCACCAGCUGUCUUGAGAAUCCACACUGUGGAGCAGAUGGAGUACCUUUCAUGAACAACAUGAUAGGAGCUGCGGUUGUCAGCUUUGCGAGUCUGGCGUUCAAUUGCUCAGGGGUUUCUUCUUCAGGGGAAGGCGAUUUUGAGCUCGAUGAGCCGGAUUCUCUAGUGGAAGCCGGCUCUGGUUGUGGCACAUUGGAUGACAGAGAGCUUUGUGAUUGUUGUGGUUUGUCGCUGAACUGGUUCAACGCUGUCACAAACUCUUUAGGGUCUGCUCCACUGAGCUCCUUCAAAAUGGUUCCAUUUCUGACUAAGACAAAGUAGGGAACAGCAGACACGUCGAAGAGGUCGGCGAUUUCAGGAUGGUCAUCGGCAUUUAUGGAAAGAAACGAUGUGUUGCUGUGCUGAGAAGAGUCGGACAAAGUGGAGUAGACCUUAUUCAUUUGGAUGCAUGGGGAGGCCCAGGGAGUGUGGAAAUAAAGAGCAAUGAGCUUGUUUGACACGGAUGUCAGCUCGGUGAACUGGUCUUGCGAAGUGAUCUCAAUAACAGUCAUUAUAAAUACGUUCAGACUAGAAAAAAUACCUCAACAAUUUAAAAGUUUGGCUGUCCUUAUAUUGAC